GUGUGUGCGUGUGUUGUCGAGGCGCGCGUUGGUCUGUUUACCGAACGAGAGAGCAGCCGGCGCGCGCACUGGGCACGGACUCACGUGCGAAACAAGAGUUUCCAGCGCUGCUGAAUUGUAAUAGCUUUCCAUGGUGUUUUCCUUUCAGUUUAUCGGUGCUAAUUCGUUCCGGGCGUAAACUAAACAUUGUGUGUGCCGUUCGGAAACUCCGGGUUUGAUUUUCGUGCGGCUAAUAAAAAUUAUAAGUGUUUUCGGGCGGAUGCGAUGAAUAAAUUUUGCAAAUCGAGUCUGUGUGUCGAAAAGUUUCGUGAGAGCUAUGCUUUGAUCGGUCGACGAGUGGUAGUGGAUGUUGUCGGAGUUCUUUUGGUGAUAUCAGUGAGUUUGAGGCUGUGCAGGCUGUUGCUGUGGCCUCUGGGACUCGGAGACAUCAGUGUUGGGAUCAUCACACACUUGUUACUCCGCGAUACUACCGGCGUCUGAGAUAGACCCGCGGCGUGCAAAGAAGACUAAGUGCCAUUCAACGAGUUUACCACACAGUGAUAUUUAGCCUUAAACUAGCGUUAGUGUCAGUGAUAUUAAAGUGUUAAUCUAGUUUUACGAACGUUACCAAAAAAUCAGCGAAACUGGCUCCUUACAAGGAUAUAAUGAAUCAGUCGAGCAUGAGCGCCGUGCCGACGAUAAAGUGUGAAGAGGUGGCGUCGCCGGUAGGUGGCGCGGUCGGGGCGGACGACCCAGGUGGCGCGUACAACCUUAGCGUCAACGUGAACCUGAGCGCGUCAGUCAUAGGCCUCCUGACUGCGGAGUCUGCGAACACAACGUUGCGGACGCCGGAGAUCGUGAACGAUCUCAUCACCAUGACGAAUCCUCUGGACCAGUACAACUACAGUGAGAAGACGUCAGGAUUCAAGAGUGCGAGCGGGAACGAUUCCAACUCCUCCUUGUCCAACUCAUCGGCGACGUCGCCAGCCUCCGGUACUCCGCCCAGCAUACAAAAGACUUGCUCGGAACUAAUAAAGGCCGGUUUGAAGCUGUCGAUCGAGUCGAAGCGCAAGAUGUCCGGCAGCGACACGGACCUGGGCGUCAAGAGGAUGAAGAGAGAAGACAGCGACGAGGAUUAUGACAGCAGUCACACGCACACUACUAAGAGCGACGGGCUUACCCCCGAAGACGAGGAACGGCGGCGGCGACGAAGAGAGCGGAACAAAAUCGCAGCCACCAAGUGCAGACUGAAGAAACGGGAGCGCACCGUUAACCUGGUCUCCGAGAGCGAAGUGCUCGAGAACCAGAACAUCGACCUGAAGGCGCAGUUGAAGGACCUCGAAGUGGAGAGGCGGCAGCUCUUGGAAAUGCUCAACGUGCACAAAGCCUCGUGCGUCAAGAACGGAGCGCGGGCCUCGCCCACGAACCCGAGCUACAACCUCAUCCGGUACGACACCAACACAUUCCCCGCCUUCGAGCAGAGCCCCUACAUCCGGCCCGAGUCCGCCAACAUCCUCGCCUCGGCGACCAGCUUCCCAGGUGAAAUAGAACCCAUCGCGUCCAUAGAGCCCCUCUACAUGUCCCAGAUCAUGGAGGGCGACUACACCCGGCCUGACAGCGUGCUCAGCCUACAGACCAACCCUGACUCCUACGUCACGACGGACGGCUUCAUAUCCAAGACCACGAACCUCCUCGUCCCGAUCGAGUCCGAACAAGAGUACUACGAUGCUGAGGCCAACUACAACCUGAGCACGCAGCAGUGCCAUACGUACCCCGCGACCGUCCCCGACUCGCAAACCAAACUCAACAACGGCCUCAACGACGGCUGUCUGGUCUAACGUCACGAGUAUACGUAUGUUUAAGCAUUGAGAAAUUCGGAAUAGAGCGUCAUCACCGUUGCAACUUUUACUUCACUUUGUUUCUGUGUCCAUUGUGAUAAUUUUUCAUAACUUUUUUAAAAGUGAAGUAAAAGCUGCCCUUUUUUCGUAUUAUAUAGAAAUUUAUGCUGGGAUGGGAGGUAUAUUUCGAAACGAAGUCGUAUGUCUACUGUGUAGAACAACAGCGUAGAUUAGUAUGGUGCCUGUAUCGCGUAUGACGAGUGAAACUAAAGGGUAUUGGCGAAAGAUUACUCCGUAUAGGUAGGUAUCAACAUUUUCAUUUCAAAUAUUUCGACAUUAUGACCAUUUAUUUAUGUUAUGUUUAUUUUAUUCCGCGUUGUGAAAUAAUAAAAUUAUUGCUUAACACUUCAGUAGAAACUGUGAAACAGUUGAUAGGUAGGUACCCCCCUAGUUUAUUUUUACCUAGAUGUUUAACUCUUAACAUAUGAUUAGGUACCACUCUCGGUUAUUUUUUUAAGUUAAAUAAUUUUGCUUUGAUCUGUUUAA